CCGCCCCGCCCGCCGCCCCGCCCCCUCGCUCUCUCGCUGGGGUUGGGAGCGCCGGGCUGAGCGGGAGGCGGCGCCGCUCCGCGCUGCUGGGAGGGCCGCGCCGUCCGCUUUCUGCAGACCCGCCUCCGCCAGCGUCUCGUCGCCACCUCGGUCCCCGUGCCGGGCCGAAGCCGCGGGCCGUCGCGGGCGGCCGGGUCCGCGUCCUGCCGCAGCGCCCGGAGGACAUGCGGGAGAGAGAAUGAGCCAGAGGGACACGCUGGUGCAUCUGUUUGCCGGGGGAUGUGGUGGUACCGUGGGAGCUAUUCUGACAUGUCCACUGGAAGUUGUAAAGACUCGGCUGCAGUCUUCUUCUCUGACGCUUUACAUCUCUGAAGUUCAGCUGAACACCAUGGCCGGAGCCAGUGUCAACCGAGUAGUGUCGCCAGGACCUCUCCAUUGCCUGAAGGUGAUCUUGGAGAAAGAAGGACCUCGUUCUUUGUUUAGAGGAUUAGGCCCCAAUUUAGUGGGGGUGGCUCCUUCCAGAGCAAUAUAUUUCGCUGCUUAUUCAAACUGCAAGGAAAAAUUGAAUGGUGUAUUUGAUCCUGAUUCUACCCAGGUACACAUGAUUUCAGCUGCAAUGGCAGGUUUUACCGCAAUCACUGCAACCAACCCCAUUUGGCUUGUAAAGACUCGGUUACAGCUUGAUGCAAGGAACCGUGGGGAAAAGCAAAUGGGCGCUUUUGAAUGUGUUCGUAAAGUGUACCAGACUGAUGGACUAAGAGGAUUUUAUAGGGGCAUGUCUGCUUCAUAUGCUGGAAUAUCAGAGACUGUUAUCCAUUUUGUUAUUUAUGAAAGUAUUAAGCAAAAACUACUGGAAUAUAAGAUUGCUUCGACGAUGGAAAAUGAUGAAGAGUUUGUAAAAGAAGCAAAAGAUUUUGUGGGAAUGAUGCUGGCUGCUGCCACCUCGAAAACUUGUGCCACGAGUAUAGCAUAUCCACACGAAGUUGUAAGAACAAGACUACGUGAAGAGGGAACAAAAUACAGAUCUUUUUUUCAGACACUGUCUUUGGUUGUUCAAGAGGAAGGGUACGGGUCUCUUUACCGUGGCCUAACGACGCAUCUGGUGAGACAGAUUCCCAACACAGCCAUCAUGAUGGCCACCUACGAACUGGUGGUUUACCUGCUCAAUGGAUAGCAAUGUCAGGCCGCCGGAUAGAAAGAGGGAGACCAAAAGAGUACAGUGGACCAUGGAGUAUCGGAACCAGCAUGAUGGACAGAAGAAAAAUGGUUUGGGAACGUGUCACUAUGUCUAAGUGGAAGUCUGGUUGUUGGAAUUCAAAUAAUCAUAAUCACAUUACUUGACCUUUUCAGUAAUGUGAAUAAAACCUGGCUGCCUUCAAGAAAAAGCCUUUAGAAGCACUCCUUCCUCAAAAUUGCCAUUUUCUCUACCAUGUCCAUGGGACACAGCUGCAUUUUGUUUAUUUGUGGCAGAGUAUAGUAUUUAUUCCAUGAAUACUUUUCCAGUCUUCUAAACAAAGCCAUCCCUAGUUAUAUACCAGUCUAUAAGCUAUCCAAAGAUAGUAUUGGCGGUCAUAAAUUUCUAACUUUUGGCUUCUGUGUAAUUCUUAUAAAAUAACAGGAAUAGUGUGAUUCUCACUAUCACUUUCACAUUAGUCCUUGAGAGGAUCUGGCUCAGUACUUUAAAAUUAAUUAUUUGGCAUCAGUUGACAACUAAUGAAAUACUGUCCUAAGUAUCUUGACAUCUUUGUCAUUAAAAUGUUUUGGUUCCUCUGCUGCAGCAGAUGCUUGCUGUUUAGCAUAAUGUGGACACAACUAGUUAAUUUAUGUAUCAAAACUCAAAUGGUAAUAGUUUGGGACAAAAUAAACCAGUAAAAAUAUUGAUUUUUUAGGCCAUUUCAGCAUAUCCUCUUCUCUUGAAUGAAUGCAGUUGUCUUUUCCGUGAUUUACUGGUUUUGAACUUGAAUUACCACAAGCAUUGUUUUCUUAAAAUGGAAAAAAUUUACCACUCCUGGGUCUUUCUCAAUUUGCUUUCACAUUAAGAAUUUGAACCUCUGGAUUUUUUUUCCAGAUCUAUGAUAUAUAGAUUACAUUUAUUUCAUAGAGAAAAUGGUAAUUUUCAGUUUUGCCCCUCAAGUUUUUUGUUUUGUUUUUAAGGCGACAUAAAUACCCGGGGCCUGCUAUCUGAUUGAGCAGGUGAGUGAUCCUAAUUGGCAUGGGAUCAUUUUGUAAAUGACAAACUGCUUUUGCAAAGAAAUUUAUCCUAGUUUCUUGAAUGGUAAAUCAGAAAGAUUCAAGUUAAUUCAGAUUAAGUGUGCUAACAGGAUAUAGCUUUUACAUUUUGCUGUUGAGUUCGACUGCACCCUUUAAUACUUUACAUGUAUUAUAUGUAUGACCCUUAGGAAGAUGUUGGCUGCAAUUCUAUUAAGAGGCUUUAGCUUACAGUUGUUGCUGUACAAAAAUUUCUACAGUUAACCUCCAAUGUGGUACUCAUUUCAAUACACAUGAACUGUACAUUUGUGCAAUGGCUUUUCCUUAAGAACGACUCUGUGAAUGCACUUUGUGGCCUUUCAGCGGGGGAGGUGGUAAAAGGAGAGAAUCCCAUGUUAAAAAGAAAUUUUUUUUAAAUAUUGGUCAUGUAUUAGGCAGAAAGUGUUCAUAACAUUUUUUCUGGACUCUUGGUAUGUUUGGAAAUCUUUAAUGUAAAUGGUUAAGUAUUCUAUGUACACUGUAGUGACCUAACAUCGAAAAUUAUAGCAUGUCAUUGCAAGCUUCUCUGCUGUCACCAAUGAAACACAGUGCCCUCUUAAAUUCCUCCCCCUUCUUACCUUCCUUGUAAACAACAAUAACUGGAUGUUUUUUAGGUGCUUUGGUUGGAAUUGAAAACAUUCCAAUCUAUUUGGAGACCAAAGGCAAAAUUGACUUUCAUUACCUUUGGAAUUAUUCUUAACUUUUAUGGUGAAUUUCAGCUUUGAUAUUUAUUGAGGAACAUGCCAAAAAAAAAAACCAAACAACAACAACCCACAAAAAAAUGGGUUUCUAACUUAAAUCUGUAAAGAAAGUCUCCAUCUACAGUGUUUGCCUUUUCAGGUGCCACUCGUCCUGCCUAACGUAGUGCCAUUUGCUUUGUGAAGAUUCGUAAAUAUUAGUUGUAUUGAAGUGGAACAGAGACUCCCCUUAGCUUAAUGAUCUCAGUACCCCAUAAAUGCUAAGAAUGAUAUGGAAACCAGCAGCUGAGGAACAUCUUAUUAUUUAGUUGUAGCACAUUCAUAGCAAGUGUCCUUCAAGGAUGAACAUGUAUUCUAUUCCUGUUUAUAUUUAGCAAGUAAAAUUUACGUUGACCUUUAGUGCAUAGCUUUUAAAAGUGAGUUUUAUAUAUGCACUGGGAGGAAAAGAUCUUAGUCUUAGGCUUUGUUUCUUUGUGCAACAACUGGAAAGGAGCAAUGUUGUUUGUUUUCUUUUUACCCCAAAGUACAGUCAGCUGUAGUUUACUUUAUGUAUGGCAGAGAUAAUUUGAAAAACAAAAACACUACAAGUUAUUUAUAAAAUUUGCCUCUAAAACACUUCUUUGUAGCUUUUGUUUUUAAUUGAUGUAAAUGUUUAAAAAGAAAAACGUAUACCUAAAGCAUUGGACUUUUUUUAAAACAGUGUUUUGUUUUCAUCUGUUUUCUAUCAGAUAACAUUUCUAAUAUGAAGGUAUUCAGCACUCUACAGAUGGCUAUGUAUUUUUAUUGGAGAAAAUUAAACUGAACUUUUUCAAGUUAAAGCAGUAGAUACUGAAAUAGCAUACUUUCAUAGAGCAGCAGAAAGAACUCUGGUGCCUAUGGCUCAUAGAAAACAGUCUCCUUAAUUUUAAAGUCCAAAUUUAAGAAUCUCCAAACCCUGUGAUUGUGGGAACCUUUACAGUGCUUUUAAAUCCAGGAAAAAAUUAUCACCAAAGCCUUGUCUUGAUUUUUAUUAUGUAUGUAACUGUGGAACCAGCCUUUCUGGAUGGGGCCCACAAGUAAUUGAUUUGUAACUUCAAAACCAAGAAUAGAAUAUUAUUAGAUAAUUUAAUCCAGCCUUUUGUCUCCUAAAACCUAAUGCCCAUUGUAGAAAAGCAUUAGUAUAUCAAGACCAGCAGAGUUUGGGUUAAAAACAAUGAGGGUUUAACCUUAUUGGAGCAUAAACAUGUCAGUAUUUUUAUAUUUGUGUUAAAUCACUAAAAAUAUUAAUUUGAACUUGAAGGAUUUGAAUGCUAGAAAUCAAUCUAUCCCUUCUUCUCCUGGUGUGGUUCCUGCCUGUCUUUGGUUGUUUACAUGCCUUCUGCCCAGACUGUUAGUACAAUAGUAUAUAUAGGGACCCUCUGGGUCUGAUAAAUAUAAUAGUUUAGGUUUUUCCUCUAAUAUUGAUCAUGACUUCAACAUUCCUAAGAACAGAUAGUUCUGAGUGAUUUAAAUCGGAAGGAAUUAUAUAAAGACAUAAUGUACUAACUUUCUGCCUACUCAGAUCUCUUCCCUGUCAUGCCCUUAUAUUUCUCAUUAAGCUAUAUACUGCUUUUUAUGUUACUCUUUUUUAGAAACUGAAAUUCUAGUUUCACUCAGUUUUUGUGUUAAACAUUUUGAAUGUAUACCCCUGUAUAUGUGAACAAUUAAAUCUUGACCUUUCAAAGUCAUAGCUAAAUAAUUAACUUCAGGAGUUGAUAUCUUUUGACCAUUUAUAUGAGGAUUGCUAUUGUAUUCUGUACAUGCCUGUAAAUUAUGUGCAUUUCCUCUGUGUUUGUUAACUAGCUGAAUUUUAUUUGAAUUGUGGAAAGUUUAAAAAUUAAAAUAUGCUUAUGAAAAUA